AUACACGCGUCCGAUCAAGAUACCUAUAAGAAACCGAUACGGAUCAGUAUUUGCCCCGUAUCAGCGUGAAAGACGGAGCCAGUUGGUUUUGAGUGCUGACUUUGCAUCUUUAUGCUGAAACAGGAAGGACAUCAUCAUGAUAUCUUGCAAGGCUCUCCUACCAGCAUAUGGGAUAAUCAGCAGCUUCCAGGUGCUUUUACGACACAGGUCCAUGUCAACAUUGAGUUACGUGCAGAGAAUCAAACUUCUGCAGGCCUUGAAGGAGGAUGAUGACAAAAUUGUCAAAGUCCGAGAAUCUGGCAGAGUGCUGCCAUUUGUGGCCAAGAAACCCCUGAUUUCUAUGCCUGAAAUGGGACAGACUGCACAGACACUCAGGUGGAUCAGUUUUUCAGACCUGCAGCGUCUCUACCCAUCUGAGGACCUGGCCAGCCGCUCCAUCCUUCUCAAUUUGGCCGACACCGGCCAGGCGUGUUUCACGGCCGACCUGCCAGGCGGCGCUAGUGUCGCGGCCGCCGCUCAGGCCGCGCUCGGUGGGAAGUUUGUCGAUCCGCGGGCGGCGCUGUUUCUGCUGCCGUGGGAGGAGGCCUGCACCAUGUCACACGCGUUUUCGAUGCUGCACUGGCGCGAGACGACCAACUUCUGUCCGGGCUGCGGAGCCGAGCUGCGCUCCCGUCCGGCCGGACACGCCAAAAACUGCCCGUCGUGUGAUACCGUCCAGUACCCAAUGACGUCACCGGUGGGUAUCACUAUGAUCACGGACGCUGCUCAGACGCGCGCACUGCUAGUCCGUCAGGGCCGACACCCACCGGGCAUGUACAGCUGCGUGGCGGGCUUUCUCGAGCCAGGUGAAACAAUCGAGUCGUGUAUCCGCCGCGAGGUGGCCGAGGAGGUGGGCAUUGACCUGGACGAGGUCGGCUACAUGGGGUCUCAGCACUGGCCGUUCAACGGCGGUCAGCUGAUGGUGGGCUGCUACGGACGGACCGAGCAGACGCAGCUGGACAUUGACACUGAAGAGUUGGAGGACGCGCGCUGGUUCUCUGCAGAGGAGAUUCUGGAGGCGUACAAACGGAUACAGAACAACCCCAUGGCCAGGAUCCGUAACGAGACCCAGAAGGGUGAGCUAUGGGUGCCGCCGCGCGGAACAAUCGCAAACAGGAUGAUCAAAACCUGGCUGACAGACUGCGGCCUCCUGCCGCGGUAGCACUGCCAUCUGUGGGCGAAAAGGUCAACUAUAACUUCAGGGACUGGCCGCCGGCGGCGCCAUUCGUUAGCGACUGCCGUUUUCUGCACAUUGUCGGGAUAUAAGUCAGUUUGACGCUGCAAUAAUCAAGUUUACUGGCCAAAUGCAAAGUGAUACAAAUUCUAGAAGUGGUGCGUCUUUACCAGCGCUGACGGUGUACUACGAAUUUAUACGCCGAAACCCAGCAUCGCUAUUUGUUUCGGUUGCUAUCUCCCCUGCAGCGCAUCAGGAUUGUGGAGUCUCCAUCGGCUCUGAUGCCAGAACAACUGUUUUGUGUGUGCUGUCUGAGAGAUGCUUCUGUGAGCCCGAUUGGUAGGUUACUGAUCAUUUAAUGGAAUGCUUCUUGUGCCCAAAUUCGUCACACGGAAGGCGUUGUAUGUCUGUUGGUGAAUUGCAUGCACUCCUUUUUAGCGAUUUUGUAGAGCGCGUCUUAUACAUUUUUUUUCCCGUUAGUUAAGGUGAUAGUGCAAUUGUUACGGUAAAUGGUUAUUAUCAAUGCAAACAGUGUUCUUAGGCUAGUCACGCAGAACCAAUGAAUUCACAUAUUUGUGACAUUUCGUCUUUAGAUGCGUGUUACCCAUAGCUUUCUCAUCCCAACUUUUAGCAAUUCUCAAUUUUCGACACAUUAUCCUUUGAAUGAAGCGGCCUUUGCCCGUCUACUGCUUGUGUGUCAGUUGUCACAAUUUUUGAAUGCAAUAUUAAAAUUCAAAACGAUUGCCUGCUGCAACCUUUCUCGUCUAAUGCUUGAGGCCUUAUCAUACGAACUACCUCAGCUGUUUACCAGUUACCGCGUUCGCAGGUAAAAUGUCUGCUAAAUGCGUGAAGUUUCUUACUAGAUGUCAAGCUGCAUACCCAUGAUAGUCCAAAGUGGUUGUAUGCUGUAUGACGUGGUUUUGAUAGUUGGUUUGUCUUGUUUGUGACUGUGAUGGUGACAAAUUGAAUGUAAAUACCACUGUACAGGUACAACCCGCUU